AGAUCAGUCGCACGUGGGGCGUGCUUCUGAAUUUGUAUUUGGAGAAAUUAUGAGAGCUGUUGUUUAUAGCGUACAUUUCAAGGAUUUUACCCGAAUGAGUUUAUAAUUGCUAAGGAGGAAAACAACUCCCUUUAAAGCCUUCUCAGCUGGUGAAACGCAUCGCAGUAGCUUCGACUGACGUUUCUGAUUGAGAGGAAACAUGGCCAGCCUGGCUGAGAAGUAUGAUUACCUGGAGAAGCUCACCCGUAAAGUAUGCGUGUCUCACAAACAGGAGCCAAGGAAAAAACCCUAUGUUCCGUUCCGAGGAAGCGGGGUAAAUGAUGGUGCUCCUCCAAAAAAAAAGAAGGGCAAACAAAAGCCAGCUAAAGGAAAGGGCAUGAGUGUGAACAAAACUAAACCAGUCCCAAAGACCGCUCAGCCCGCGGCACCUCCAGCUCAGAGGAACACUGUCCAGAAUGGGAUUUCAGAGACACAAAAGAAGCCUGAGGGCGGAACAGCACACGAAUUUGAUGCCGUGGACAUCCUUCGCCAGAGACUUCACCAGAAGAUUGAGGAAUCUCGGGGACAGGGCCCUCCUAAAGAUCCCUCCUCUGAGGAGACCAAGAAGAAACGAGAGAGACGAAAACAAGAAAGGGAGCGUCAGAAGAGGAAAAGAAAAGAGUUUCGAAUGAAAAGGUUGGCAGACGCUGCGGCUACGCAGGCGGGAGAAGAGGUCAAAGAGGAGGCCGAUAGCCAACCGCAAGCCACUUCCACAUCCAGUGCUCCUGCCAAAAAGGAGCAGAGCUUCAUAGUCUUCAACAAGAUGGAGGUUGGAGAAGACUAUGUGGACAAAGGGAAGAAGCUGAAAGAGAAACAAACGAAAAGGAAGGUGAAAGGAACCCUGACGCCGCUCACUGGCAAGAACUACAAACAGCUUUUAACACGCAUCGAGGCCAGGAAAGCUCACCUGGAGCAGCUUAGAGAGAAGGACGAGGAGAAAGCCAAGAAAGAGGAGGAGAAGAUGAGGUGGACCAAUGUUCUCUACAAAGCCGAAGGCAUGAAAAUCAAGGACAACGAGGAACUCUUGUGUGCAUCGUUGAAGAGGAAGGAGAAAAGGGUGGCUCAGAAAAAAAAGAAGUGGGCACAGAGGAGCCAGCAGGUCGUGAACAUGAUGCAAAAGAGGCAGGACAAGCGGAGACGGAAUAUUAAGAAACGCAAGGAUGCCAAGACAGAGAAACGCAAACAGAAGGCGAGGAAAAAGGGUUGUGUGCUACCCGAGGAUCUCAAGAAAGCCAGCUUAUAGGCAGAAAGGAUGACGCUCUUGUGGACUUUCCCUUGUGUUUAUGACUGAAAAAAAUGACGUUUUCUUCUGUUGUCACUUUUAAGAUGUCACCUUUAUAAAGAAUGUAUUUUGUGUCCGUA